AUGCGUUUGACCUCAGAGCCUACUUAUCCCUAUGUUUUUCCUAUUCGAAUUAAUUUAAUACCGGGUUCAAUUUAUAUUGCCAAUGUGACUGCGUAUACUACCGGUGAAUUACUGGUAAAAUCAUUAAAAAAUCACAUUGAAAAUGGUUCCUCCUAUAAGUUAAUAUAUUAUAAUCAAGAAAUAUCAGAUUCGGAAACGCUUGAAAAUAUUGGUGUAAGGGGUGGUUUAAUAGAAGUAAAAUAUAAUAAUAACGAAGAUCAAGCAUUGGAAAAAAUAGAUGAAUCCAUAUUAGAUUUUUCAUUUAAAAAUUCUAAAGAGAAUAAUUUUAUAAUUUCUGUGAAAACGCAGAAAGGACAAACUAUAGAUUUAUACGUGAGCAGCAGUGAUACUGUUUAUAUAAUUAAAUUAAAAAUUCAGGAUAAAGAAGGGUUUCUUGCUGAUAAACAGCGUAUUAUUUUUUCUGGCAGAGAAUUGAAAGAUGAACAUACUUUAGAAUAUUAUAAUAUUAAGAAAGAAGAUACCUUGCAUGUUGUUGCUAAAAUUCGGUGUGAAAUGUUUUAUGCGACCAGUGGUCGUAAAGAUUUUGAUACAUUACCACCGCUUACGCAAUAUCUGCAGGCACCCGAAAAGCUUUUACAAGGUGGCAUUAAUACGGGGAUUUCUUGUAAUUUUUGUGGUGAAUUUGAAUGGGAAG